AUGGCAAUCAAUAGUGCUAAAAAUUACAUCAAAGAAACAGUGAUAGUAGAGAUUCUCUCGAGACUGCCUGUGAAAUCAUUGUUGCGGUUCAGAAUUGUUGGCAAAUGUUGGCACACUAUCAUCAAUAAUUCUAAUUUCGUUAGCAAACACCUCCAUAACCACAGCAACACUCGUCUGCUUAUGCACCAUUAUGCGUACAAAAUCGAAAACUAUGCUUUGGCCUCAUUUCCUUAUGAAAAGAUUUCCAACACAACAUUUCUAUUUGAUGAUCUUGUUGAACUUGGAAUACCAAGAAUGCUAUGCAUUAACGGUCCGUUUCAUGGAAUAUUUUGUGUUUGGGAUCAUCACCAUUUAGCUCUUUGGAACCCAUCUUUGAAAGAAUUCAGGUCUCUCCUUGUACCUCAGCCCAAAAUUCCAUCCACUUACACAGCCUACUGUUUUCAUUCUGGAAUGGGGUUAGAUCUAGUGACCAACCAUUAUAAGUUGGUUUGGAUUCGAUUAUUCUGGGAUGAGAUAAAUGAUGAUCCAUACAUUCCAACAGUUAUUGCAGUGUACACCUUGAAUACUCAUUCUUGGAACCUAUUCGAAGUUGAUGUGUUUGGAAAAGGUUACAUACACGAGUCUUUGUGUAACACAUACAUGGAUGGAGUUCAUUACUGGUCGACCAGUGACAAUCACAACUACUAUGUUCUCUUUUCAUUUGGCAUGAACAGUGAACUUUUUCAUGAAACGCAGAUACCGCCAGAUAUUCCUACAUCACAAUAUGGAGUUCUUUCCAUGUGUAAUGAUUAUAUUGCCAUUUUCUUUUACAAUCCAUGUGAAGUGGAGAAAGAUUUUGAUAUAUGGUUGAUGAAGACGGAGGGGUGUUGGAUAAGACAAUUUACAAUUGGACCCUUUCCAGAUGUAGAAUCACCUUUAGGAUUAUGGGCAAAUGGAGAUGUUUUAUUAGAAACAGAAGCCAAGCAGUUGGUUUUUUACUAUCCUAAUAAUCAAGAAAUCAAGUAUGUUGGACCUUCUGAAAAGUACCGUUCCGUUCAUGUUUGGGUCUACAAGGAGAGUCUAGUUUCAAUAAAAGGAGAAAAUGAAUGUUGGGAAGAAGAUGUUUGGUCCGAUUUCAAGGCAUAUACAGACUCCAUCUGCCUGUCAUAA